AAUAACUAUUUUUCAAUUUCCAGUUUCCACUAUUAAAAGAUGCUCUUAGCAAACUGUACUCUAGUGCAAUUACAUGUAAAUUGUAAAUGUUGUUUUUAUGUCUUUUAAGAGUAUUUGGAUUAAAAGAAUUUUUUUAAUAUUAUUAUUUAUUAAUGACCCUAUAUUAUGAAUUAGGUUUUUUGACAUAAAAAAUAAAAAAUUUAAUGCGUUAUUCUUACUCCAACUCGGAUAUUAAUUUUUUGUGAGAUAAACAUGACUAUACUAGGAUUAUUAAGAAUAUUAAUGUAUUUGAAAUUUAAAAUUUUAAGCUUCUUGAAUAAAUUUUUCUUUAUAUUUAAGUUUUUUAAAUAAUAACUUCUUUAUUUAAAUUUUCAACGGAAAAUCGUUAAUUACUUGUUAACAACCGCAAAAAGAAAAAAAAAAAGCCUCAUCAUCAAGGUUGGGGAGUGAAAAGAAAGAUUGCUGCUAUAAUUUCCCCUUUCCAUUCACGGUACAAAAAAAAAUAGAAACCUUCCUCUCCUCCGGUGGGUGGGAAACUCUCCCGCAAGGCUUUCUGAACGACGACGAUGGCAAUGCCCUGCUUCUCAAUCUCUGAUUCAAAAUAAUGUACGAAGCUCGCAAAUCUUAGCACUGUGAAGUAAAAAUUCCGACCUACCGGAUUCGAACCAGUGACCUAAGGAUGACAGCAUGGUGUACCAACUACAGUCCUCCGCUCUACCAACUGAGCUAAGGUCGGUUUGGUACUCAAAUCUGCUUCUAUGUAUAAAGAAUCCAACCAGUUGAGCACAGUGAAGUAGUUACAAUCACUUUCUGAUUUUCCCAUUUCUAUUUCAAUCUCAUCACUCAAUUAUCUUAUGGCGGCCGCUGUUGUUGGUGAAGCUUUUCUCUCUGCUUUCAUUGAAGUUGUCCUCGACAAGCUUGCUUCUCAUCAGGUUGUUGACUUGAUCCGUGGGAAGAAACUUGACGUCAAUUUGGUUCAACGGUUGAAGAACACUCUUUAUGCUGUUGAAGCCGUGCUUAACGAUGCUGAACAAAAGCAGAUUCAUGACUCUGCUGUUAACAAAUGGCUUGAUGAUCUCAAAGAUGCUCUCUAUGUCGCUGAUGACCUCCUCGAUCGGAUUUUUACUAAAACUGCAACUACUCAGAAGAACAAGGAGGUCAGUACUACUAACUAUUUCUCUCGCCUUUUCAACUCUGAGGAAAGGGAUAUGGUUUGUAAGCUGGAAGAUAUAGUUGCUAGGCUUGAAUACAUUCUCAAUUUCAAAGAUAUUCUUGGCCUUCAACAUAUUGCAACUCAUCACUCGUCGUGGAGAUCUCCAUCAACCUCUUUAGAAGACAGAUCUAACAUAUUUGGCAGGGAUCAAGACAAAGAGGCCAUACUCAAAUUACUGUUAGAUGAUGAUAAUGAUAAGGAUGAGAUUUCUGUGAUCCCUAUAGUUGGCAUGGGUGGAGUGGGAAAAACUACUUUAGCUCAAUCUGUGUACAACCAGGACGCUAUCAAGCAGAAAUUCAAUGUUCAAGCAUGGGCUUGUGUUUCUGAUCAUUUUGAUGAAUUGAAUGUUUCAAAGGCUAUCUUGGAGUCAGUUGUGGGGAAUGCUUGUAGCACAAAUAACAAAGAGUUAAUUCAUUGUGAUUUGAAGGAAAAACUAGCUGGAAAAAAGUUUUUAAUUGUUUUGGAUGAUGUAUGGACCGAGGAUUAUGACGGCUGGAAUUCUCUUUUAAGGCCUCUUCAAUAUGGAGCUAAAGGAAGUAAAAUUCUUGUAACAACCCGUAUCCAAAAAGUUGCUUCUAUGGUUCAAAGUAAACAAUAUUACUCUCUUGAGAAAUUGUCUGAUGAAGAUUGUUGGUCAGUGUUUGCAAACCAUGCAUGUCUUUCUCAGGAAGAAUUCAGUGAGUAUAAGAGUCUCCUUAGAAUUGGCAAAGAGAUUGUUAGAAAAUGUAAGGGAUUGCCUUUAGCAGCACAAUCACUUGGGGGCUUGUUGCGAAGUAAACGUGACAUCAAGGAUUGGGAUAAUAUACUAAAUAGUAACAUUUGGGAAAAUGAUAGUAAGAUCAUUCCAGCACUAAGAAUUAGUUAUCAUUAUCUCCCUCCUUAUUUGAAACGCUGCUUCAUUUAUUGUUCGUUGUAUCCUAAGGAUUAUGAAUUUAAUAAAGAUGAACUGGUUUUGUUGUGGAUGGCCGAAGAUCUUUUACAACCUCAAAGAAAUGGGAAGACUUUAGAAGAAGUUGGUUAUGGGUAUUUUAAUGACUUAGCUUCUAGAUCUUUUUUUCAACGUUCGGGAAGUGGGAACAGCUACCAGCAUUUUGUGAUGCAUGAUUUGGUGCAUGACUUAGCAAUAUUGCUUGGUGGAAAUUUCUAUUUCAGAACAGAAGAACUCGGGAAAGAAACGAAGAUUGGUACCAUGACCCGUCAUUUAUCAUUUAGACGCUUCAGUGGUCAAGUCUUUGAAAGCUUUGAUAUUUUUGGCCGAGCCACACAUCUUAGGACGUUUUUGACAAACAAUUUUAAACUCCCUUCUGCCAAUAUCGAAAAGGCAUCAUGCAUCAUUUUAUCCACAUUGAAGAGCUUGAGAGUUUUGUCAUUUCACAACUCUCCAUAUCUUGAUGCAUUGUCCAAUUCGAUAUGUGAACUGAUCCAUUUGCGUUACUUGGAUCUCUCUUCCACGGCAAUUAAAACAUUACCAGAGUCACUGUGUAAUUUGUAUAAUCUACAAACGUUGAGGUUGUGCUAUUGUCUUGAACUAACCUUGCUUCCCAAUGAUAUGCAAAAUCUUGUAAAUUUGCGACAUCUUGAUACCCGUGGAAGUCAUAAGUUAGAAGAAAUGCCUGUUGGAAUGAGCAAAUUGAAUCAUUUGCAUUAUUUGAGUUACUUCGUUGUGGGAAAACAUGAAGAGAGAGGGAUCAAGGAACUGGGGAAACUUUCAAAUCUUCACAGAUCACUUUCCAUUAAGAAAUUAGAGAAUGUUACCAACAGCUUUGAAGCAUCAAAGGCAAAGAUAAUGGAUAAGAAGUACCUUGAAGAAUUAUCAUUUGUAUGGUCUCAAGAUGCAAAGGACGAUUUUAAAAAUUCAUCAAGUGAGAUGGAUAUACUUGGCAAGUUACAGCCGAACAAGAAACUUAAAAAGCUAGGUAUAGAUGGAUACAGGGGUACAAGAUUUCCAAAAUGGGUAGGAGAUCUUUCCUACCACAAUUUGACCAGUUUAUCUUUGAGUAAUUGUCAUAACUGUUGCAUCCUUCCACCACUUGGACGAUUACGCUCUCUUAAGGUAUUAAUAAUUAGUAAUAUGAGUAUGAUGGAGACUAUUGGAUCUGAGUAUGGUGAUUUUUUUCCGGACACACUUUUUCCUUCCCUUGAACUUCUCGAGUUCUGUGACAUGCCUUGUUGGGAAGUGUGGCAUCAUCCCCAUGAAUCAGCUGCUCCCUUCCCUAUAUUGAAGACCCUUAUGCUUAUUGAUUGUCCUAUAUUAUGGGGAAAUUUGCCAUCUCAUCUUCCUGCUUUGGAAAGACUUGUGAUUGAACGAUGCUACCAACUUGCUUCAUCUCUCCCAAGGUCCCUUGUCCUAACUACACUAGAGGUGUGUGAAAGCAAUAAAGUAGCACUACCAGAGCUACUACCACUUUCAUUAAAAGAGUUAAAAACUCAAGGAAAAUUAGUGACAGAGUCCGUGUUUGAAGCCUUCAGAAUCACCCUACCAACUUCUCUUCGAAAUUUAUACAUUGAGGAUUGUUCAUCUGCAAUAUCAUUUCCGAGAGAUUGUAUGCCUGCAUCUUUGCAGUGCCUGACUAUCAAGAAUUGUGAAAAUCUAGAUUUCCCAAUGCAAAACCACCAACUCGAGUCACUUGUGUAUUUGUAUAUAAAAAGGAGUUGCGAUUCUCUUAGAACCCUCUCAUUGGAAACCUUUCCAAAUCUUCAAUAUCUGUGUAUCAAAAACUGUGAAAACUUUGAAUAUCUUUCCGCUUUGAAGAAUCUUCAAAAUCUCGUUGAUAUUGGUACUAGAGACUGCCCCAAUUUUGUACCAUUCCUAGGAGAGGGGUUGUCUGCUCCAAACUUGAAUACAUUGCAUGUCUCCUGCUGCGUUAAUUUAAAGUCGCUUCCUUGUCACAUAGAUACUCUUCUCCCAAUGUUAGAAAAUUUGACAAUAGAAGAUUGCCCAGAAAUUGAGACUUUUCCUGAAGGAGGUAUGCCAUCUAGCUUGAGAUCACUUCGGAUCUUGAACUGCGACAAGUUAUUAAGGAGCCCAUCUCUAACUUUUCCAGACAUGCUUACCCAUCUUACCAUUACUGAUAGUGCCCAGUCUUUCCCCAAGGAGGAUUUUGCGUUGCUACCUCCCUCUCUUACCUCCCUUGAGCUAUGGAGUAUGUCAAGUUUGCACACAUUGGAGUGCAGGGGGCUUCUCCACCUCACAUCCCUCCGAAAACUAUCAAUUAGAGACUCUCCCAAGCUGGAGAAUAUAGCGGGAGACAGCAGACUACCUGCCUCUCUGCUUAAGCUACGAAUCUAUCGAUGUCCUCUGCUGGAAGAACGGUGCCGCAUGAAACACCCGCAAAUCUGGCCCAAACUUUCCCACAUCCCAGACAUUCAGUUUAACCGCAGAUAAAUUUAUUAAGCUUGAAAUUGGAUUUUAAAUCGUUUGCUGUACGAGGUUGUAUGGGUGCAUGUUUGUAAACAAGGUCGUUUGGGUGCUGAUUCACAACAAAUAUUUUUUCAUAUUUUCAGAUAUUGAAACAGCUAACUCCCUUGAUGAUUAAGCCCGGAAUAUUGAAGAAUUGCUGAAUUUAGUUUGUACAACCACGCUCUACCACUUGUGAGAUGAUUCAAAUUGAGGUGUUUCGUACAAGCCUUAUUUUGGAUUGGGGUGAACAAAAAGAGAGCAGCCAUACUUCUGGCCGAUCAUUUGUAUGUUGCAGUGUUGCAGAUUUGUCUCUCCACUUCCUAUUAAGGAACUCCCCAUGUUCACCAAAACAAUGGAGUUAGCAAAGAUGCAUCGAUCCACCACUUUUUUCACAUGCCUUCUUAAGCAUACACAACGGGAGCAAGGAAAAGAAGAAAGGUUUUGUGAUGAAGAGUUUUAAAAAGUUACUUGUACGCAACACCAACUAUUGCAGGCAUGCAAAACCUGAGAAGACUAAUUGGGCGAUGCAUAAAUACCAUUUUAACAAUAAUGAAUUAGAGAGAGAUGAAGACUCAGUUGGUUCACCAACUUUUAGUAUCUUUCAGUGUUAUUUGUAACUAAUUUUUAUAAAAUUACAAUGGGGAUUCAGAAACUUGCUUUUUCAAUUCUUCCUUGCUUUAGCAAUCUUAUUUCUUGUAUCACACACGAACGAGAAAAAUUGGUUUUACCCUACAGGCAAACUUAAAGUUUUUCCGAAGUUUUUUCGAAGAUACUUCUCUGGAACAUAGAGAUAAAUAAAUUGUCAAUUGACCAUUUGAGGGACAUAGAAAUCAAUCACCUUUGCAUGCCAGAUUAAUCCGGAGAUGCAUCUUUGAAAAAUCAAAUGUGUUAUUGC